AUCAUUUUAGGUACUUCACUCUUAUUUAAAAUUUUAGACUGUUGAACAUGACUCCAUUCAAGUCCAGAAAACAUGAGCCAUGGCAGUGGCAGCUCCGCUCGUCGCAGAGCUUCAUUGUCAUUGUGGUUUCGCUGGCCAUGUUGAUGGACAUGUUCAUGUACGGCAUGAUUGUCCCCAUCAUGCCCACGGCCAUCGUAACUCGCGCAGGUGUUCCAGAUGAGGAGAAGGUUUUCUGGACGAGCGUCCUCCUAAUCUGCGAAUCUGGCACAGCCUUCAUAACCAGCCCUCUCUUCGGUUACUUCGUCGACGUCUCUCGAUCACGCCAAUUCCCCUUCCUCGUCGGCUUGCUCCUCCUCACUAUAUCUAUGAUAUUCCUCACAGUUUCGCGGUCUAUGACGGGGUUUAUAGUUGGGAGACUCCUACAGGGUGGUGCUGCUGGUAUGGUUAAUGUAGCAGGACUAGCCCUCGUCGUGGAUGUGGUCGAUAAGGAACAUCUGGGAGAAAUACUGGGAUACUUGGGGACAGCUAGUAUGAUUGGUAUUAUCUCGGGACCACCGCUGGCUGGGUUGGUAUAUUAUGCUGGUGGGUACUAUGCCGUGUGUGCUCUGGCGUUUGCCAUGAUUGCUGUCGAUUUGGUAUUGCGGGUGGUGGUUAUUGAGAAGCGAGCGGUGGACCGGCUGGUCAAGCCGGCUGAUUCACCUGCUGAUGGCGGCGACAAUGAUGAUAUUAUGGAGGUGUCUCGAAAUGGUUAUGCAUCGUUUCCCCGAGCUCAGAUCGAGGAUGCUGUACCUCAAUCCGGAAGCAAGGGAGGCUUUGCUAUCUUGACGCUGUUAAAACAACCACGGAUGUUGAUCACGUUGUGGGCUUUUAUGGCAGAGGGAAUUGUCACGGCUUCUUUUGACGCGACAUUGGUUAGUUUCGUGGAGAAGACAUUUGGAUGGGGCCCUUUCGAAGGAGGAAUCGUCUUCCUUUUACUCGCGAUUCCGGCGCUCUUUGACCCAGUGUUCGGUAAGUCCCAUUCCUUUCCAUGUCUAUUACAUACUAACAUAUAUUCAGGAAACCUAACAGAUCGCUACGGCGUCCGCAUAAUGGCCAUCCUCAGCUUCACAACCGCAACCCCAGUUCUCCUCAGCCUCCAAUUCGUCCAAAACAACGUCCUUUCCCAUAAAAUCCUCCUCCCGACCCUAGUAACCCUCGCCGGUCUCGCCACUGACCUCGCCCAACCCGCCCUCUUCCUCGAAACCCAACUAGUCGUCGACAGCAUGGAAGCGCGCAACCCAGGCAUCUUUGGCGAGAAGGGUGCCGUGGCACAGGCAUUCAGCUUACAGGUCAUGGCGAGCUUUGCGGGUCUUAUGCUGGGGCCUAUGGUGGGUGGGUUUCUGAGUGAUCGGUUUGGGUGGUCGGCUAUGGCGUGGUCGUUGGGGUUAUUGACUGCUGUUACGGCCGGGCCAAUGGUGUUUUUGAGUGGUGCUGGUGCCUCCAGUGCCGGUUCCGAUAUCGAUACCAAUUAUGGCGAUGAAGAACGGGAUGCGGGACAGCGAGAGCCUCUAUUGGAGGGAGGACGGUGAUUGUGUGAUAUCUUUCUUAAAAUAUCACCAGGGCAAGGAUAUGACACCACGGAGGCUGAUGUGAACCCGAUGGAUCUCGAAUUGGGCUAGAGAAUGGUGCGAAAACGGCCAGGAAGGGAAAGAUUUGCAUUUUAUAUAUUAAGUUUGCAUUACACGUAGUAUAGCUAUUCGUGAUUUUCACAAUGAUACUGCAUUGCAC